ACCACCUUGCGCCGGUGACGCGUCCUGCUGCGAUUCUUGACCGACCAGGCUGUAAGCACAGACAUGGUGCAAACGAGAGCGGGCCGAGGUGCCCCGGACCAGAUUGUCGUUGACGACGCUCGUUCGGCGAGGUUGACGCGACGUCGCGUAGACCCUGCCACAACGACCACGGAACGCGCCGCCCUGGCCACCAUCGCAGGUGCAACAUCCCGGCUGGUACGGAGCAGGGGCAAGGAGAAGGUCAUACCUUCGAGCGUCACAGAAGAAGAGAUGGACGCCGAGGAGGAAAAUGAAGAAGAUGAUGAUGGCGAAGAAGUGGUCAGGAACGAGCCACCAGCACGCUUCAAUGCACGACACGUGUUUAAGGGCAGCAUGAGUCCGCCGCCGAGCGAAAGUGAGAUGGGAUCGCAGAGCGCUGCGGGGACUCAGAGAUUUAUGACCCCUGGAUACACGCGGCUUUCGAGCAUAGCCCAACCACCAGACCUGUCGCUAUCAGCGCGAGCCACACACGAAGGCCAGGUGCGUUUACCGGGCAUUGAGGACGAUGGCGUCGACGACCCGUCCGAACAGGAAGUCGACGAGAGGGAGGAUAGAGAGGAGGCCGAGCUUAAGGAGAAUGCCCUCGAUUCCCUCUGGCACAACUCCGAGGGGCUCGCGAGGCUGCUCCGGAACCCCAAACCAAGCAAAAUGUCCUGGCACAGGCUGCUCGAUGUCCUCCGCCGCAAUUGGUUUGGUACCAGGGUGUUCUUCGCGAAACAAGACGAGCUGUUCAUCGACAUGCCCCAGACCGUCCGGCACAUCAGCGAGCAGUGCGAGAUCAAGGCCCGAGCCGUCACUGUUGGGGCGAACGCGACUGCCCUGCUGGAAGCAUUGUCUGAGGCGGUCGCGGAUCGCCAGGAUGGCCAUUUCUUCAGGUUAUUUGAGCGUCUGGACGAGGAUUUCCCGGCGCCAUUCUGUCCCAGCGAUGACUGGCAUGAGGUUGUCGCCGAGGAGGACAUCGAUCUCGCGCUGGAUAUCCGGACACACAGGUUGAUUAUUAACCUGAACAAUCUGGAAGACGAGCGGCAGAGCCCGGUCGACGUGGCAUCCAACAUCUUCUGCGCCGCCGAGGCGUCAGCCAAUGCGGUGGAAGCUCUGCAGAAUGGACCCUUCAAGGGUAUCAAGGGUCGCAAGGCGGAACAUUUUGGCGAGAGGGCGCGGGCGAUUCUCAACCUCAUCCGUGAAAAGAGCGUUGCCGAGGCCGUUCGGGCUCUGGAUGGCAACUUCCCUCUCGAAAGACCGCUCGAUGGGUCUCAAGGGGAUCCUAAAGCUGCGGACGAUUUCACCACCAAGAUAUCCGCCUGGUGCGGCAAGAUCAUUGACGAGAUCGAAGAGGGCUUAAGGGAUUCGCCGCCGUUACCAAGGGAGUCUUCACCGCCAGACUCUCUGGCCUCGUCCAUGGCGGCACAGGACAUAGUCCGAAAGGACGUACAUGACGACAUGCUCUCACGACCCAAUGUGCACCUAUUAGCAAUGCUUUCCCGGCAGAAACAACUCUCACAAGCGCCCCGCGCAUCCCCAGCCUCGACUAACCCUCGACGGGGCACCACUCGCGAACCAACCGUCAACGGCGGCCUCGACGACUACGAGGAAGACCAAGAACAACGCCGCCGCGAGCCCUCUCUCGCGUCCACGGACAUCGAGGGCAUCCUCGCUGACCUUCCCAGUACCGCAAUCACCCGCAACAGCAUCCAGCCUUCUUCCGCCGAGGUCGGUUCCAGCAGCGAUCAUGUUCCCGCCGCCCCCGUCGUCCGCUCUGGCUUCACCCCCGUCAACGGCGCCAAACGCACGCAACCCCAGUCCCAGUCCCAAGAUACCGACGAUGGUUUCGAGUACGACGACCGCAAACCCGACCCACGACGCAGGGCUCAACUCGACCGCGACCGUCGUGAUAUGCCGCCCCCCCCUUCUCGCCCCCGGAAGCGCGUUCGUCUAUCGUCCACCGCAACGCCUCCACCGCCGCCACCCCCAUCAUCCUCGUCCCCUCGUCAGGCAGACUCCAUCCCACCCAGCGGCUCCGCCCCCCUUCCCUCCUCCUCCUCUUCCUCGCGUAGCUCCCUGCCGAGCAGCACAAACAGCAGCGGCCCAUCCUUCCGCGAGCUCAGUGAAAUGAACCGCCGCGCCGCCUCCCGCGGCCCGCAGCAACGCGUUCCCUGGUCCGACAACGACACUCGCCGCCUUAUUCGCCUCAUUGAGUACCACAAUUGCCUCUGGGCGCUCAUCGCCAAACGCCAGUUCCACGAGCACCGCGGUUCCGACCCGGGGCCCGAAGUACUGGAAGAUUGUGUCUUUGACCACCCACGCGACCAGCAGGCCAUCCGGGACAAGGCGCGAAACCUCAAGGUUGACUUGCUAAAAGCCGACCUACCCCUCUACCCCGGCUUUGACGGCAUCGCUCUCGGUAAGAAGGAGCGGCAGGCCCUCAUCAGUCGCGGUAAGAAUCCGGAUCGCACGGAGGCCGACGUCGACGCGGACGGCAACCCGUUGCAUACCGAGUACGUGCCCCUCGGCGAAGAGGAGCAUGGCACCUAAAGGAUGCUUCAUCAUUGAUGGCCACCGAUGCUUUUGCUUUAUUUCUUGGCCUUUCCCGUAGGGAAUACGGGACAGCUCGCGGUACCAGCAGGUGAUAACGCCAGAAGCGAAAAGAGGCUUCGAGCAAGAUUGUUGUUAUUGUAUUGCUACAUGGAUAAGGGGGCAGGCAAGAUGCGUUGUUUGAGCUUCGCUUCACUUGGCUCCGAGGCGUUUGUGGGGCGAAAAUUGCGUUCAUUUGCAAUGGCAGCAUUAUUAGUAGGCCGACCACGCAGAGAGGGCUUGGUCAUCUGUUGCAAUCACAAAAUAACAUUGGCAAGUUACAGUCCUUUCUCUCCAGGUCCAACCGCGAGACCUUCCUCGACGAAGAAGACAAAUCGAAAUGGUGAAUUGAAAAUCCGGUCCCUAUCAAGGCUGUACUACAGAUGUCGACCGGCGUCUCCUGGUUGGUCACCGUGACUGACCUCAACUCGUGUCUCUGUAUCUCUCAAGCCCAUCCUUCCAACCGAACGACAGGGCUUUCUCCACCAACCUGCUGCUCUCCAACCGAUUGUUGACUGAUUACAACCCCCUGCAAACCUCAGUCUGCUCCUUCGUCCCC